AUGAUUUUCCGUGGAACGGACACGACGGCACUUCUUACCGAGUGGGUGAUGGCUGAGCUGGUGUUGCACCCCAAGGUACAAGCCAGGCUUCGGGAGGAGCUGGACGGCGCUGGCGCCGUCGCCGACCUUGCGGCAAUGCCGUACCUCCAGGCUGUGGUGAAGGAGGCGCUGAGGGUGCACCCGCCGGGGCCCCUUCUUUCGUGGGCCCGCCUCUCCACUACUGACGUCCACCUCAGCAACGGGAUGGUGGUUCCGGCGGGCACCACCGCCAUGGUCAACAUGUGGGCCAUCACACACGACCCGGAGGUUUGGUCCGACCCGCUUGAGUUCAAGCCUGAGAGGUUCAUGCCAGCGGAGGGCGGAGUCGACGUGGAUGUCCGCGGCGGGGACCUGAGGCUGGCGCCGUUCGGGGCCGGUCGGAGGGUUUGCCCCGGGAGGAGCCUCGGGAUGGCCACGGUGGCUCUUUGGGUGGCGAGCCUUGUCCGCAGCUUCGAGUGGGCGGCUGACCCGUCGGCUCCGGUUGAUUUGUCAGAGGUUCUCAAGCUGUCUUGUGAGAUGAAGUACCCUUUGUCCGCUGUGGUCGUGAAGCGUGAUGACAUAAUUUACUAA